AUGGUCUUCCAAGUUGCCAAGAGUCAUGGUUUCCCUCCCAUAUUUACGGCACAAAUCAAAAGGGCUGAACUCACGGGCACUCCUUUGGAAAGCUUUGAAGAUUUACAAUACAAACUAUCUGGAUUGCUACAUAACAAGAUAUCUCUUGAAAUUCUAGAAAUAAGGAGUGAAUUGUCAAAAGUGGAAGAUUUGUUUGAGAAAUUAUCACAUAAACACCAAAUAUUACUGGAGUCUUGUAGAACUUUGGAUUUGGAGCAAACAACUCCUUUAAUUAGGGGUACACCUUUGCAGCCUCCUCUAAAACAACUGCUGGAGUUUGCCGAAGACAGCUUUUCAUUUGGAAGUGAGGUUUGUGCACAAAUUGAUACUUCCUUAAAUGUUUUAACAUACAGAGGACUAAAAACAGAUUCCCUAGUUGAGAACUUCAGAAUACAAAGCCGGUGGCAGCAACAUUCCAUCCUUAGUUCUAUGCAAAAGCCACCUGCAGCCAGCGAGGCUCAGAAGGAUGCUAUGAAGAAGCAAAAAGAAGCAAUGGAACGCAGGAAAAAAGAAGAGAAAAUGAUGUUGAACAAGUUUAGAAGGAGGGUUGAAGAAAAGGUUGCUAAUUUUGUCAAAGAUGGUACAAAGCCACAUUUACAGUUUGAUCCAAUGGAACAGAUGUACCGUGCUAUUAUAAGGGAGAUCGCCGAAACUGCAGGGUUGCAAGUCUUCUCUUUUGGCCAAGAAGGCAUAGAUCGGUAUGCAGUAGUUUAUACCAAAGAAAAGGGUCCCACCCAAGACGAGCUCACUGUGCGUAGAGAAGGACGUAUAUGGGAUGAGGAGAAAGCUGCUGAAAUGGCACAGAGACAUUUGGAAAUGCAAAAACAGGCUGCCCUAGAACACGAGGAGGAUAACAACAAGAAGCGUAAACGAGGCAAAGAUGAAAUAAGCGGAAUGUUUUACAAGGACAAGUAUGCCCACCUUAUUGGUCAUGAUGCUGCCAUCAACGCUGCACAGAAAACGAACAUGAAUAAGAGUUAUGGCGAAGUCCCUAGUGAGAACAAGAAAGAUCAGCGCUCGAUCGAACAAACAAUGGCUGACAUACGAGCCAAGAAAAUGAAGAAAACUGAUACAGACCAAGGAGGGUCGGAGAAUGUCCAAAUAUAG